AUGAAGGGGGAAAUAGUAUGCCGUGCAUUCAGGAGGUUAAAGACGCAAUAAGCGAGGCAGUAAGCAACGCAGUAUCGCCUCUUCGAAAUGACUUGCAGAACGUUAUGCAGACUAUGGAAUUGGGUUCUCAAAACAAUCAGAAUCCUGCUCAGUCUGCUGCUUUUCCUGGACAGUACGACGACCCUUUUGGUUUCGGUCUACUUGACGGGAUUCUAAACUCCCCGGCCGAUACUAACAUUAUGUUUCCAACAAGUGAUGAGAAUGGAGAAAAGUUUGAUGCUGAGCAAGUGACAAAAUUUCUCCAGGAAUGUGAUGGUAAUACCAAAAGAAACGUACAAUAUUCAGACUUCAAUGGGUUGCAAGAGGAAUUGAACAAAGUGGAGCACCGUUGCUUUCCUUCUUUUCUGGAUCCUAUAAUUCAGAAAAUAAAUACAUAUAAGGAUAUUACAGAAAAUAGCAAACUCGGCAACUGUGCAGCUUAUCCUACGCUUGUCAUGUUCUAUACCACGAUAAAGGAGAUGAAUGAGGUGAAAGAGAUAAAGGAUUUUGACUUAUCUAAGUUGAACGUUUGGAGAGAUGCAAUCUGUGAUGCUCUGCAGAUCAAUAUGAAGGUUGAAUUUGCAAAGCAGCACUUGAUCAAGAUUGCUCUUGCUUAUUUUGCUUCAAAGGAAUUUGAUCAAAAUUUUUAUGAUGAAAAAAAGCGAUUAGAGGAGGACUUGGGGAGGAUAUCUACGAUGAUUGAACUGCAUAACAAGUGUCAAUCUGAAGCCAUAUUUUUCAGUGACAAGCCUCUUAACACGGGUCUUUUCAGUGACAAGUAAAGAUCUUUACUUGCUAUAUGUAAUAAUCUUAGCAUUAGGCAUUGCCUUUCGCUUUCGUUGAGAAAUGAUUAUAUGAAACUGUGAUCCCACGUUUUCCUAUCCCUUUCUAAUAGGAGCAUGACAGAAUCAAAUUUUUCUUCCUGAUUUUCAACUUCUUUUUCUCUUGAAAAAAUUUAAAUCCAACGAAAAAGACUAAAAAUCAGGAAAGAAAAAUCUGAUUUGUCGUGUUUCUAUUGAAAAGGGAUAGAAAGGACGUGGAAUAAUAGUUUCAUACAAUCCUUUCUCGGCUUUCAUUUUAGUUAUUAUUAUUAUUUUGUUUUGUUAGUUAAGCUUCAUUAUCUUAUUCCUAUUUGACUUUUCAGUUCAA